CUAUUUCACUGUCACCCCCCUGUUUCUAGUAUCCCAAUCAUCACAAGCGCCCCUAACGGCGAUUUUCGAACUUCAUUUAGAUCUCAAAAACUGGGCCCAUAAUUUUUGCGUUCGAUUCGCCUCCUCCUUUUAGACUCCAUAAUUUUAAUACAACUUCAAAAUUUAAAAAACAACUUUUGUUCAACAACUUAUUUUAUUUUUUUAUUAAGUUAGUAGUCAUAAAUAACCAAAAAAGGUAUAAUAGAUAUAUGAAUAAAAUCACAGUUUUAUACUGUGAUAUAAUGAAGUCAGUUAAACAAGUUUCUCCCAUACAAAAAAGAACUAGAAAUGCAAAACAAAUCACUAAUAGCGAUGCCCAAUCUGAACACAGUAUUGAUUUUGCAAAAUUCAAGCCUAAAAGUAAGAAAGGACUAGUUCACAGUGAUACCUCACAAAACCUAGAACCUGAUAAUAAUUCAAGUGAUAAGCUAAUAAAGACAGUAAAAAGAGAACAUGUAAAAAUAGAAUACGAUGAGACUUCACCAUCAAAAAUGGAUAAAAAAUGUCCACCACACUGGGAAGUAAUAUUAGAAAACCUAAAAGAAAUGAGAAAAGAUUUUGAUGCCCCAGUUGAUUCAUUUGUAGAUAGCAAGAAGUGUCCUGAUGAAAAGCCAGAAGUAGUCAGAUAUCAGACACUUUUAUCUUUGAUGUUGAGUAGUCAAACUAAAGAUCCAGUGACCGAGGCUGCCAUGGCUCGGUUAAAAGAUCACGGUUGUACAGUAGAGAACAUAUUAAACACAUCAGAUGAAGACCUAGGAAAACUUAUUAUACCUGUCUCAUUUUGGAAAACUAAAGUAAAGUAUAUUAAAAAUACUACAGAAAUGCUAAAACAAAAAUAUAAUGGAGACAUACCUAAAACAGCUGAAGAAUUAUGUAAACUGUCUGGGGUUGGUCCAAAAAUGGCACAUUUGUGUAUGAAAGAGGCUUGGGGUGAAAUUACAGGAAUAGGUGUUGAUACUCAUGUCCAUAGAAUCUCAAAUCGUUUAGGCUGGGUUAAUACAAAAACUCCAGAAGAAACCAGGAAAGCACUUGAAAGUUGGUUGCCGUUUGAUUUAUGGUGGGAAGCGAAUCUCCUUCUGGUCGGAUUCGGUCAACAAAGAUGCCAAUCCUUGAGACCUCAGUGCCAUACAUGUUUAAAUAAGAAUUUAUGUCCGUAUGGCAUGAAAUACAUUAAAGAUAAUUCAAAUAGCAAGAAAAAGAAAAAAUAAUGUAAUGCUUAAAAAAACCUUUAAAAUGUUUUUAUAUAUUUUUUUACUUUUUUCCGUUUGUUUAAUUAUGUACCUAUGUUUA